ACCUUCUCAGCCUGCACGCGAAGUAGUCACAGACAGAAUCCACAGCACCGCCCCCCCUCCUCCCUCUAUUUUCUCUGCUCGGCUUCUCCAGUUCGCUCUCUCCCUCCAAAAACCCUAGUAUCUCCGCGCAAUGGAUAUUGAAGAAGAUAUCCGUGCAUUGCAGCUUGAUUCUGCAGAAGAGAAUAACGGGGCCAUAAAUCCAGAAGAUGCACAGCUUGAACAGGUUGAAGAGGUGGAUAAAAUGGAUGAAGAUUCAAAACCCAACACUACUGUGAGCAGUGAGGAGGUGCAGCAAGCUGAAGCAGAAGUGUCACACAAGGAAGUACGUGCACCAGAAGUGGAAGAGCCAUCUAAGGAGGAAGUGGGGAAUAAGAAGCGCCAUCUUAAUGUUGUUUUUAUUGGACAUGUUGAUGCUGGCAAGUCCACCACAGGGGGGCAGAUACUGUUCCUCAGCGGUCAGGUUGAUGACCGUACAAUUCAGAAGUAUGAAAAAGAAGCGAAGGAUAAAAGUAGAGAAAGCUGGUAUAUGGCUUAUAUCAUGGAUACCAAUGAAGAAGAGAGACUCAAGGGAAAAACUGUUGAAGUUGGAAGAGCUCAUUUUGAAACAGAGACGUCGAGAUUCACCAUUUUAGACGCGCCGGGCCACAAGAGUUAUGUUCCAAAUAUGAUAAGUGGAGCAUCUCAAGCUGACAUUGGGGUUCUUGUAAUUUCUGCACGGAAAGGUGAAUUUGAAACUGGAUAUGAGAGAGGUGGCCAGACUCGUGAACACGUUCAGCUUGCAAAGACCUUGGGUGUCUCUAAGCUGCUUGUCGUUGUCAACAAAAUGGAUGAUCCCACUGUAAAUUGGUCAAACGAAAGGUAUGCUGAAAUUGAAUCGAAGAUGGUACCAUUCCUCAAAUCUUCUGGUUACAAUGUGAAGAAAGGUAUUAAAUUCUUCUGGUCCACUUGGAUAUUAUUUGAUGUCGUGUUCCUACCGAUAUCUGGUCUGAUAGGCGCAAACAUAAAAACUAGAAUGGAUAAAAGCAUCUGUUCAUGGUGGACCGGCCCAUGUCUCUUUGAAGCUCUUGAUUCCAUUGAAGUUCCUCCUCGAGAUCCUAAUGGUCCUUUUAGGAUGCCCAUCAUUGAUAAAUUUAAAGACAUGGGAACUGUUGUUAUGGGAAAAGUGGAAUCUGGUACUGUGACCGAGGGCGACUCCUUGUUAGUGAUGCCUAAUAAGACUCAUGUGAAAGUUGUUGGAGUAUACAUCGACGACAAUAAGGUCAGACGUGCAGGGCCUGGGGAGAAUCUACGGGUUAGAUUAUCUGGAAUCGAUGAUGAAGAUAUAUUAGCUGGUUUUGUAUUGUCCAGUGUUGCAAAACCUAUUUUUGGAGUUACGGAGUUCGUAGCUCAGUUGCAGAUCCUUGAGCUGCUGGAUAAUGCAAUUUUUACAGCUGGUUACAAAGCUGUUCUGCACAUCCAUUCAGUUGUUGAAGAAUGUGAGAUCACUGAGCUAAUCGAACAAAUAGAUCCGAAGACUAGGAAAGCCAUGAAGAAGAGGCCCCUUUUUGUGAAGAAUGGUGCAGUCGUCAAGUGCCGUAUUCAGGUGAAUAGCUUGAUAUGUGUAGAACUUUUCUCAGAUUUUCCUCAACUGGGCAGAUUCACUCUUCGAACUGAGGGGAAGACGAUUGCGGUUGGCAAAGUUAUGAAACUUCCUGCAGUUUCAGCUUAAAACAAUUUUGUCGUCUUACAAGGUGAUACCCUGGCUGGUGCAAGAAGGUUGAACAUACACAUAUGAUGCGGGCUCCUUCGUUUUCUUUAUUUGGUGAACAUCGGCUGAUGGAUAUAGUGAGUUCGAUCUCUGUGGCGCAUUCUCCAUGCAUUAGAUAUAUUUCAGAGUGGUAGUGUUUGUUACUUACCGGGGGCUUGAUGAUUCUGUUAUAGCCAGUACGUUUGUUUCCCUUAAUACGGUUUGUAGUUGUGAUAACACUCCAGAGGAGAGGGGUUUUACCACCCCCUGUGAGAUAUGAUGAUUUUGUGGCAUUGUCAAUACCUUAAUAUCCGUUACGUUACUCUUAAUAUGGGAUCAUAUUAAUUGCUUUUAAUUGUUAGUAAGUAUUAUGGGUCAGACGGAAAGUUGAAUUUUCAUGUGGCUUGUUUAAAUCGAUGUUCGGUUUGAGUU